AUGACACUCGACAAUGAGAUCCGCACUGCGCAAGCAGUCCAGUAUAGGAAGCUCCUGGGCAUACCCAUAGUCACCACUCAACGCUGUCCAAAAAACGGUGCAGAUCCCGUAACAGGCAGAUCGGUGUCAGCACGAGACCCAGAGUUGCGCAAGUACGAUACGGCCUAUCCGAACAUAGGGAUUUAUGAUGGUAGAGCGACAUACCUCUCCUGUCUUCAGCGUGGAGAUGACAUGGACAUUGCUCAACGCGUUGUCGAUUGGGACCGCAAAUACCCAAGGGUUGGAAACGAGUUAGCAGCGACCGACAAAUACCCAGCACGCAAUGUGAGACCGUGGGAGCGGUCAACGUCGUCAAUUGAGGCGCCUGCAGUGCACCCGCUAUGGUAUCAAGUGACACCAUCUCCAACUCCCGACGCACUUAAACUUCCACCAAAAUCCCCUUUACCACAGUCGCAGCACACGGGUGAACGAAUAGGUUCACGACCGCCGAUUCAAAAAUUGAGGCAGCUCAACUUGCGCUCAGCGACGGGAUCGCUAUCCCCUCGUCCUACUUGCGAGGUUUUGGACGACCAAUUUACCUCCCGGAAGGCUGAGAAGACAGACACUCGCAAGCAUUCUCUGGUAUCGUACUUGACCGAAGGGUUCCUACGUGAUGAGAUUGCAAGAAAUCUGGCGCAAGCGGACUAUAUACGAAACCAAAAUGAGAAGCGUGAAGUCGAUGAGAGGAAAGAGCGAAGACGGAAAGAGCAGGAGAAGGAAAAGGCAAAACAAGAGAGGGCUAUGGCGGUGAAAAAGAAGAGAUUGGAGGACGUCCCAGCCUACAUCAAGGAUCUGGCGAGGAAUUGGCGGGAGAGAUACCCCGGGCCUGACAAGCUGUUCAGGAAAGACUUCGACUUUGGGCCCAAGACGCAGGGUGACGAUGACGACGACUAUUGCAGACCUCUGAGUCCUCAUUCUUCCUGUCACUCACUUUCAAAGGCCUUCACAAAUACUCAUAGCAAAUCGUUAAAGCGCCAGCGUCACGACUCUUCCAAUCCCGAUGUGGCAAGAGAGUCUCCACACGAUCGAUACUCUACUAUGAGCUCACCUAUUCCAAUGCAGCGGUCUCAGCCUACUACGCCGAUAUCAAGAUCAUUCUCCAGCGGAGUUGGGGCGCCAGAAGCUCAUCCUGGUCAGCUUGUCGACUUCACUUUACAUUCCUCACCGAGGUUCGAAGUGGACUACAGCAACAAGGAUCGCAUUCUCUUCCUCACUUCCAAGUACGAUCGUAACCAUGUCCUUGACUACUUCGAGACCAGAGCAUGGUUGACCGAGACAGUUGCUGCGCUAUGGACCUUAGAUACCACCUCGAAACAGUCUUCAACGAACAGGGUAAUCUCACGGAUAACGUUGAGGAAGCCCAAGCAGCAGUAG